UCAAAUCAUUGGGAACGGGGUGUGGUCACUGUACUAUAAUUGGAUCCGAUGGCUUGGAGCAGCCCCCGUUUGGCCCCCUUUUCAAUAGACCUGCAUAUUAUUGUCACACAGCACUUGCCAAUACCCCUGGAUUACCCUAUAGCGACAUGGAAUCACGGAACACCCAACGCUGCCUUACUCAUUCAUCGGCAAAGGUCUUUAAAAGGUUGUUGCUGUUGAUUGCUGGUCCUUAUCCGCGAAGAUGCCAAGCUCGGGGUGCCCUUUCUGCAAGAUCCCGCUCGUGAUGAUUGUGUUUGAGUUGCUGAUCCUUUUUCCGGGACUGGAGACACGAACUCUAGAUCAAACUGAUUCCAAUUUCCUCGUGCCAUGUUUAUUGGCCAUGUGCCAUCCGUUUGCAAUUUCUGUAUGCACAACAGAAACCGUAAAGUCAGUGUGGCUAGUCGCACAAGCGCUGCAAGAAACGAGGAACACCUUUGGCCGCGAACGGGAUCUACUAUCCGUCAUGUACUGAAUCUCAGAAGGCAUGAACAUAACCAGAUGCGUUUCUUGUGGGUUGGCAGAGUUGGCAUUGACUGAGAAGUCUACGUUAAAAUGAUUAACG